AUGCUGCUUCUCUAGAUCUGGGAAUACCCCGUGGCAAGAUGGCAUCCACUCUUGUCUAUGGAAUACGAUGCCAUUCAUGUAAACAAGUCCAGUAUGUGUGCAGAUUCAUAACAACGUCACAGAAAAAACACAAAGGUACAGUUAAAAAUCUGAAGGGCAAGAGCCCUGGAGCAAAAAAAUGGCUGACAAAUCAACUUAAAGAUCCGUAUGUAAAACGUGCGAAGUUGGAAAAUUGGAGAUGUCGGAGCGCCUUCAAAUUAUUGGAAAUCGAUGAGAAACACAAAAUAUUGAAACCUGGAAAUGUAGUGAUCGACUGUGGAGCUGCGCCUGGAUCGUGGUGUCAAGUCGCGGCCAUAAAAGUGAAUGCAACUGAAAAAGAUCCCAGCCAACCUACCGGAAUUGUAAUAGGAGUGGACCUUCUUCACAUUGAACCAUUAGAUAAUGUCUCCUUCUUUCCAAACUCUGACUUUACAAAUAAAGACGUGCAGCAAUCCAUACUGGGAAGUCUUGGCGGGAAAAAAGUGCACGUGGUUUUAAGCGACAUGGCGCCAAGAGCUUCGGAUGCUAGGCAAUUGGACCACGAACUGAGUGUAGAGCUCUGCGCCUCGGUUCUGAGAUUUUCAGUCGGUGUUCUUAAACAUGGUGGUCAUUUGCUUUGCAAAUUGUGGAUGGGACCGGAGCAGAACAAGCUACACGCGGCGCUUGAUAAGAUGUUCACCAAUGUGAAAGUUGUAAAACCGCCAGCUAGUCGGACAAGCUCCUCUGAAAUCUACUUCCUAGCCAAGAAUUUCAAAGGUGUCCCCUCGGACAAGAUAAAAUCCGUCGAAAAUGCAAGACCGGAAAAUUCCAACAAAAAUGAUAUAGGAUAGAUAAGUUUUUAAUGUGUUAAGCAGUAAUAAAUUAUUCAAAGCCAAAUUUAUUGUUUAUAUCUUU